AUGUUUGCCCCAGGUAGAUGUUGCCUGUGGUCAGGCCUGAGAAACCGUGUUGUAACUGGUGCUUUAGCCCCUUCAACUAGGUCCCUGAAUGAUGAUGCAACUAUCAAUAGAGCGAAAAAGAUGUUGCUUCAAUAUGAGGGAGGAAAAAUAGAUUUAUCAAAGGAUGACCAAUCAGGAAUUGCAAAGAUAUGCUUGAAUCACCCAAAGAAGAGAAAUGCUCUCUCAGGAAAGGCACUUGGUGGAGGUGCAGAGUUUACUAUCUCCCCAGACUUCAGACUCUUUGGUCCCAAAGGAGAGCUUUGCUUUGUUCAAGCAAAAAUGGGUGUUGCCACUGGCUGGGCUGGUGGAACCAUGCUAGUCAGGAAAUUUGGACCUCAGCUGGCAUUAGAUCUACUUCUUACAGGCAGAAAAAUUACUCCAGAAGAAGCAGUAUCAUUAGGCAUAGCAAGUGAUAUUGUGGAUUCCUUUGAUGAUGCUGAGGAGUGGCUCAAGAAACGUGUAGCCAUACCCACAGAAGUAUUGAGGACAGUCAAAGCCAUUGUUCAUUGUGCUAGUGUCACUGAUUGUCAUCAUGCACUGACAUAUGAAAAGGAACUCUUUUCACUUCUUUGGGGGGGAACUGCUCAGAAGGAAGCACUAGCAGGGAAUCUCAAACACACCUGA